AUGGGUUGGCCUGUAUUCGUAUUUGAUUGGCUGUACUGGGCCUAUCAAUUCUUUUCGAGCGUUCGUGAAUAUAUUUCAGGAAGUACUCAGAAUGCCAGGGAGGCUGUGGAGGACGACGGUGGUCCCGGUGAUCGGAUAGACAGGACAGCAAUGACCAGCGAGAAUGAUAAUGCUGAUACGGUUUCGGACGGCACAAGACCCGUGGUUAACAUUCACCUUCCAUCAAAUACUGGUACGGUCGUUAUUGGUGAUAACUCCACUGUUACCUAUGUCGAGAAUGUCGGGGCAGCGAGUUGUGAAAAGGAGAAGAAUGAGCAAACUACAUCAUUGGUAAGCAGAAUGUUUUGUCAGUAACAUGAUACUGUUGGCAGAAAACAAGUGUAUAGAAAGCGAAAGUACUUAAGUAUUUACUUGACAUGUAAAUUAAGUUUGCGUGAGGUUUUCAACAAAACAAAACAAUGAUAUCAUACAAUGAUCGCUAUGCAUACGUACAAGAAACGCGUUUACCGUUAUUGCCAAUAAUUGCAAAUUGCAAGGUAUUUUUGCCUGUUGUUUUUUUUGUAAAAGCUAACUAAAAUAGCUUAAUUAUAAGGAUGUUUAUUUGCUUUUUUCUUACUUCAUGGAUUGAUAAACGUUUUCAUAUAGACAAAUAUGAUAGCGAUAAUAAAUUUAUUAAAGAACGACGUUUCGAAGUCAUCUUGACCUCAUUUUCAAGUUCAAAUUAUUACAGAAAACGAUUAAAAAUUAAUAUAAAUAGCGUUUGCAAAUAAUUACUUGACAGUUGCAGAAACAAUACUUGACACUAAUACUUGACAGUUGCAGAAACACUCUAAGACACUUAAUUAACGUAAUUAGAAUAAUUAAAAAUGCAAAUUGCAUAAACAAACAAUUAAACAAACAAUAAAACAUCACUAGACGGACAGUUAUGCUAAUAUAGAAUCUUGAGGAAAUAGUUUUGAGCGUAUCGAGUCCGAUUGUUUGUCCGAACUAGGUUUAAGAUCUUUUUUAUUUAUUUAUUUAUUAACUUUACAAUCAUAAAAAAAAUUAUAACAAUGAUUGAAGGUACAUGUAUGGUCUGUUGACAUGAGUCCCAUGUGAAGACCAACUUGAUACAAUACAAUAAGUAGACAUACAUUAAAGACAAGGACUAGAACACUAUUUACAUAGCUACUGUAUAUAAAAAUUAAUAGUUUAGAUUAUGAGCAACAGCUUAAGUUGUAAGAACGGCAUUUAGAGCAGUAGGUUUUCCAAGUGCGCAUUCUGUUAACAUCGAAAGAAGAGUCUAAUUGAGAAGAAUAGUGGGAAUGGAGCUGGAGCUUAAAGGAUGAAACAGACGAACUGUUACGAAUGAUCGGAGAGAGAUUGUUCCAUAGAAAAACAAUUCGGUUAAAAAAAGAGUUUCUAAAAAGAGAGGUUUUGAACGGAUUGACUUGAAGCAAGUUGUCCUUGCUUGAACGGGUGCGAGAUGAGCGAUUAGAAGAAAAGGUGACAAAAGAGGAGAUAUAUCUAGGUCGUAGAGGCCUUGUUUGCAUUUGAAAAAAAGAUGAGAUCCUUUAUUUCAAGCCAGUAAGAUAUAGGCAAUAAAUUAAGUUUCCUAAGACGCUCAAGAUAAGACAAUUCAUAAUUUUGAAGUAUAAAUUUAGUAACUCGUCUCUGAACACCCUCCAGGAUCGCACGAUCACGUGACGAGGCUUGAGGUGCCCAGAUCUCACUGACUGAGAGAUAGAGAAGCCGACGGCAGCGAGUAUCAGUCAUUUGAGAACAAUUUCUCCGAAGAAAACCAAGCAAACGGUUGGCUUUAGCAGUACAGCUGGCAAUGUGAGGGGACCAGGUUAACAGGUUGAUUGUUAAGGUGGUAAGAGUGAGUUGGAGAGUUGCGUUUCCGAGAUAACCUGAGCAAGAGCGUCUUAGAUACAUUAAAUUUCAAUUGCCAAGAGAUCGACCAGUUGUGCAUAGAGUCAAGAUCAGUCUGUAGGAGAUCUCGAUCGGCUGGUGACAGAAUUGCACGGUAACAUUUACUGUCGUCAGCAAAAAGUGCAACUGUAGAAUUCUUAGUUACCUCUGGAAGAUCAUUCACAUACAAAAUGAAAAGUAGUGGACCUAUGACACUACCUUGUGGCACACCAGAUUUAACGUUAAGGAAAGAUGAAGAAACUCCUUCGAUAACGACACGCUGUUUCAGAUUAUGGAGAUAAUCAGCGAACCAGUUAAAAAGUUGACCGGAAAUUCCAAAAGAUUUUAGUUUAAACAAGAGUUUGCUGUGAGAUACGGAGUCAAAAGCUUUAGCAAAAUCAAGAUAAAGAAGAUCAAUUUCAUUUGCCAGAAUUAUUCAAGAGCACGGCCGAGAUCGUGAAACACAUUCAAAAGUUGAGUAACACAUGACCUAUUGCAGCGAAAGCCAUGUUGAAUGUCAUACAAAGAGUCCUUAAUGAAAGAAGAAACCUGUCUACAAAUCAAGCGUUCAAGUACUUUUGAGACUUGGGAGAGUAAUGAAACAGGUCUGUAGUUGGUGACUUCAUGAGCGUCACCUUUCUUAGGUAUUGGAACCACAUUAGCAGAUUUCCAUUCAGAAGGAAAUACACCCUGCUGAAGAGAUAACUCGAAGAGAACUGUUAAAGACGGAGCGAUGCCUUCGGAACAGCGCUUUAAAAGGUACGCUGGUAUGCCAUCAGGCCCAGUGGCCUUAGAGGGUGACAAACUGGAUAACAAAGAUUGAACUUCAAAUUCAGAAACAGUUAUUGAGUCAAGAAAGUUUGAUGAAAUAAAUAACAUUUCAUAGAGUAAACACUCGAACUUUCCCUGACAUUUUCUCAACACCUUGAAGAAGAACAUGUUUUUUGCGUCCUCGCCGUGCUGCUCAACCAUAUGUUCUCUAUAUGACUAUCAUAAUGGAACAUAAGGCCAGUGUUUGUUGGCUUGUUGUACACUUUCGUUUCUAAUCGACCGUUCUUGUUAAUUAGUGUUGUGUCCAAGAAAGGUAAUACCCCAUCGAUCUCUACUUCCGUAGUGAAUUGAAGGGAUGGAUGCAGACUGUUAAGGGUGGAAAGGAAUGCUUCUGCGGAAGCAAUGUUGCUUUGCGAUGUGAUGGAAUCAUGAACAAACCGGUUAUAGUAAUGACGUCAUGUCAUUCACUCGGCACCAGGACUAUACGGUCGGAACUAAUUAAAUAUAGAUAGAUAGGACACGUUGUGUAGAAGGAACACACACUAAGACAUCAAUUAGAACUGUAUCGUUAUGUUAUGCUAAAUAUAUUCUAUAGCACAAAUAUAUACCUAGUACUUGGAUAUUACAUUGGCGACGAGGAGUAAAUUUUAUGGAGCAACAAUCUAACAGUCAGCAUGGCACAUUCAAUACCUAUUCGCCCAAUGCCCGAGUUUAAUCCCGACGCUGAACUUGGCGCGAGCGUCGCUACACGUUGGAAAAACUGGGUCGCAGACUUUGACAUGUUUCUCCUGGCUAGUGAGUAGUGGCGUUACAGAUCCUAAACGACAACGAGCUUUGUUGCUAUACCAAGCUGGCGCAAGAGUGCGCGAAAUCUUUAAACAACUGCCUGACACUGGCGAAGACAAAGACUAUGAUAUUGCCAAAGCGAAAUUACUUGCCCAUUUCGAACCGCAGAAAAACAGACGCUACGAGGUGUAUCGAUUUCGAAAGGCUGUGCAAGAACCAAGGGAAACUCUCGAUCAGUUUCACACACGGCUUCGAACUUUAGCCCAAACUUGCGAGUUCGCAUCGCCAGAUUUCUAA